ACAUCACGAAGUUUGUUGAGCGACGCCGAUCCUUUGGCUCGAUCACAUGCUUGGCCAAGUUACCAACCAAGGCGACGAAUGAUUCAGUUUAAACCCGCGCGUACGCCGCGCUGAACGUGUGUUAAACAACAGAAUCGCUAGAACGACGCACACAUAGAGUGGAAACAGGAUGGGGGCGAUGUUCAGAAGCGAGGAGAUGGCCUUGUGCCAGCUCUUCAUACAGCCGGAGGCGGCCUAUACCUCCGUCUCGGAGCUCGGCGAGGCUGGCACGGUGCAGUUUAGAGACUUGAAUGCAGAAGUGAACGCUUUCCAGCGUAAAUUCGUCAAUGAAGUCCGUCGCUGUGACGAGAUGGAGCGCAAGCUUCGGUACAUCGAGGCCGAGGUGCACAAAGAUGGCGUCAGUGUCCCGCCGGUCAAGGAAGCGCCGCGCGCGCCCAACCCCAGGGAAAUCAUCGACCUUGAGGCACACUUAGAGAAGACAGAUAAUGAAAUCCUCGAGCUUUCGCACAACGCAGUUAACUUGAAACAGAACUACUUGGAGCUCACGGAGCUUCGCCACGUGCUUGAGAAGACUGAAGCCUUCUUCAGCGCGCAGGAAGAGUUCGGAAUGGACUCCCUCACCAAGUCCCUGAUAUCGGACGAGACGGGCCAGCAGGGCCAGCAAGGGCAGCAAGCGGCGACACGCGGCCGACUGGGGUUCGUGGCGGGCGUGGUGCAGCGCGAGCGAGUGCCCGCCUUCGAGCGCAUGCUGUGGCGCAUCUCCCGCGGGAACGUGUUCCUGCGCCGCGCGGAGCUCGACAAGCCUUUGGAGGACCCUGUCAGCGGCAACGAGAUAUAUAAGACAGUAUUCGUAGCGUUCUUCCAAGGUGAACAACUGAAGUCGCGCAUCAAGAAAGUGUGUACCGGGUUCCACGCGUCCCUGUACCCGUGUCCACCCUCCAACGCUGAACGACAGGACAUGGUCAAAGGCGUCCGGACUAGGCUCGAAGACCUUAAUAUGGUCUUGAAUCAAACCCGCGACCACCGACAACGCGUUUUGGCCAGCGUGGCCAAAGAGUUGGCCAGCUGGUCCAUCAUGGUGCGCAAGAUGAAGGCCAUCUACCACACUCUAAAUCUUUUCAACAUGGACGUCACCAAGAAGUGCCUUAUCGGUGAAUGCUGGGUGCCUACUGCCGAUCUGCCCAAUGUGCAAAAGGCCUUAGCUGAUGGAUCGAACGCGUGUGGCAGUUCUAUCCCGUCGUUCCUGAACUGCAUCGCCACAGACGAGGAGCCGCCCACCUUCAACCGCACCAACCGCUUUACUCGAGGCUUCCAGAACCUCAUCGACGCCUACGGAGUCGCUUCUUACAGGGAGGCCAACCCCGCCCUGUACACCAUCAUAACUUUCCCCUUCCUGUUCGCCGUGAUGUUCGGAGACUUAGGCCACGGCGCCAUCAUGGCGCUCUUCGGCGGGUGGAUGGUCUGCAAAGAAGUCUCCCUCGCCGCAAAAAAAUCGAACAACGAAAUCUGGAACAUAUUCUUCGCCGGUCGCUACAUCAUUCUCCUCAUGGGCUGCUUCUCCAUGUAUACUGGAGUGAUGUACAAUGACAUAUUCUCGAAGUCGAUGAAUAUUUUCGGAAGUUCGUGGCACAUCCCGUACGACAAUGAGACAUUGGAACAUAACACCGCUCUCACGUUGGACCCCAAGGACGCUUAUUCGGGUGAACCUUACUUCAUCGGCGUCGAUCCUAUUUGGCAGACGGCUGACAACAAAAUCAUCUUCUUGAACUCGUACAAAAUGAAGCUGUCCAUCAUUUUCGGUGUCGUACACAUGAUCUUCGGUGUCUGCAUGAGUGUCGUCAACUUCAACUUCUUCCGUCGCCGCUACUCGAUCUUCCUGGAAUUCUUACCCCAAAUGGUGUUCCUUUGUCUGCUGUUCGCGUACAUGGUCUUCAUGAUGUUCUACAAGUGGGUCGCCUACAGCGCCACCAACGAAGAGCUAGCGUUCAGACAAGGCUGCGCGCCGUCCGUGCUGAUCCUGUUCAUCAACAUGAUGCUGUUCUCCAGCACGGAGCCGGAGCCGGGCUGCCGCGAGUUCAUGUUCGAGGGCCAGGGCUCGCUGCAGCGCGUGUUCGUGCUCGUGGCGCUCUGCUGCAUCCCCGUCAUGCUGCUGGGCAAGCCGCUCUACCUCAUCAUGGCCAAUAAGAAGAAACACGAGGAUAAGCCGGAACAAUCAAACGGUAGCGUGAACCAAGGCAUUGAGAUGCAAGAACAAACAGAAAUAGACGGGCAGCCGCAGCAGCCACAGCCCAAGCCAGCAAAUUCCGAGUCAAAAUCUGCGCCCGCGCACGAGGAGGAGGCCUUCUCGGAGGUCAUGAUCCACCAGGCCAUUCACACCAUCGAAUACGUGCUCAGUACUAUAUCGCAUACGGCGUCCUAUCUCCGAUUGUGGGCUUUGUCGCUUGCCCACGCUGAACUGUCGGAGGUACUGUGGAACAUGGUGCUGACGUUCGGUCUGAAGGACGACAGCUACAUCGGCGGCGUCAAGCUGUACGUGGCGUUCCUGUUCUGGUCCAUGUUCACGCUCGCCAUCCUCGUCAUGAUGGAGGGGCUCUCCGCCUUCCUGCACACCCUGCGUUUGCAUUGGGUGGAGUUCAUGAGCAAAUUCUACGCUGGUCUGGGUUACAUUUUCCAGCCAUUCUGCUUCAAGACCAUCCUCGAGGCAGAAGAGGGCGGCGACUAGACACUACACACACGUAGAUUAGAAAGAGAAGCGAAUCACAGUCACAAAAUAAAACAAACAACUUCGAACAUGACCGUUUAUUGUACGAACAGCAUUACUGUGUAAUUGUAUUACAUUUCUGUUAAUUUCAUAUUAGCUACAUUACAGUUUAGUAUUAUUUA